AUGCUAAGUGUAAGCCAUCAUGUUGAUCUUUUUGUGUGUCGGAAAAGCAUCCAGUGUCAAAAGCCAAACAUGACUCAGCAAGACUUCGCAACUUCACAAAGCCGGUGGUGAUAACACUGAUGGGAAAGCAAAGUCCUUUUUUUUCUCCUUUGAGUUGAGACCUGAACACAUUUUCCUUUCACCAGUUCUAGUGAAAGUGCUCUCAGUGUUUGUUUGAAGAAGCUGACUGACAUCAUCAUGGACUUCGACUUCAGGACUAGUUUUCAUUCUGUCAAGCACCUCUCUGCUGUGCAAGCGGCUAGACUUCACUCUGUGUCAGGCUUUCCUUGUCACAAGCACCUGCAACUACGAUUAUAAAAAGUGAUUUAGGCUUUGUUUAUGUGACUGAAGUUGAAGAGAUUCAUUAUGCUCUCAGACGUAGUGUGCAUUAACUUUUAGCUUAUGAAAGCUUUUCAACAGUAAGACCCAAAGUUAAGAUUUUUCUAUGGCUAGAAUGCUGAGUUUACUAGUGCUUAUGAAGAAGUUGGAUGAGAGAGCAUGUGGAAAAGUUGAAAUUUAUAAGUUGAUUUUAACUUAUUUGGAAAGUUUAAUUCUUUUUACCUAGUUGAUCUUUUUUACUUCUCUUCUAACUUCUAAGUGUUUACAGACUAUGGUAAUUGCAUGUCAAGUCAGUGUUUUGCUAUAUCGUGGCAUGUAAUCUUUUCCAGUGUGUAAAUUUCUAGGCCGAUGAAAGGGACAUCCAUGUUUUUAAUGUAUACAAAUCAUUCUCUGGUGUCAAGAGUGUUAAUUUUCUUUUCUUACUUUAGACAUAUCACGUAUGAACUGUACGAUCUGUUAAUCAGAAGUAAAACAUAAUUAGAAGAUUAAAAAAAUAUGUAACGGAGCUUCUAUUGAGCUUCCAUGUGUGUCUCUUCCCAUAAAAUGUUGUUGACCCUUUACUUGCUCCAAGAUCCUAUUAUAUAAUGACUAGUUGUCUAGCUCCUUCAAUCCUACAACCUAGCAGGGUCCUUUCUUAUGAUGUUGAUGGAAAAAGUUGAAUGAAUUGGAGGCUAGUCAGUGUAAGUCGUAAGGAUGAAAAUUUACAUUGAAAUAAAGAGCCAAUCACAUAAUAGACUGUUUGAAGCUGAUUCAUUUUUGCAUGUUCUGCAUAGGUUCAAUUUGGAUUGGCCUCCAACUAUGAAGGAAUUCAAUUGUAUGGCUUCAGAGUCAGAUGUAGAUAAUGAUGGCCGAUGUGAUUUCCGAUGUCCAUUUUGUGAUUUUGAAAUUGAAGUUCCUGUGCUCUGCAGCAAUUUCGAAGAGGAGCAUUGCUCUGCCCUAAAAAAUGUGGUUUGUCCCGUAUGUGAAGAAAAUAUAGGGAAGGAUGCAAUCAUGCAAUUUACACAUUCAAGCUCUCGAAGGUGGGCGUGGAAGCCUGAGAAAUCUAGCAUCUGGCCUGGUAACUCAGCAAUGCUUGGCAAGAAGCUGGCCACCAGGGGAAACAAACAAGAAUCAAUAACUGAUCCACUUUUGUCACCAUUUAUCUGCAACGUGCCUUUUCCAAAGUCUAACAAUUUCCAUCCAGAUGAAAACUCCAGGUCCAACAAUAAGGAUAUAGACAUUCCUAAUGCAAAAAGGACUAGCACAGAUGCACCUGAUAAAGGUGAUGAGAAGGAUCAACAAGAGAGAAGGCUGAAGGCAGCUUUUGUUCAACAGUUGGUAUUGUCAACCAUAUUCGAGUAAAUGUGUUCCUAGAAUUUAAAGUCACACAGGGUAUGGAUUAGUUGCAGCUCCUUUUCAGAUAGCCUCUGAUGCUGAUUCAACAAGCACUGAGUUUUAUUGUGCUGUAUGUGUUUAGGGGAUGUGUAGUAGUCUAAGGCUAAGCAAUAGUUAUAUGUAUUUAACUAUAUUUUAUAUCUUUCAAUUAAAUUUGUCUUUGGUACACUAUAUAAAAGUUCGUCAAUCUGCUUUACCAUAUUUAA